CAUAAAUUUGAACGGAUUGAGUAUUUACAAACAACUAGUAUUUUACUAUUAUACCACUUAACUUGUUACUCGUAUUUAACACUCAAUCCCCUUGACCCCUUUCUCCUUUUCAGUGAGAGCUUAAGAUCCCUCUUUUAGCUCAAAAAAUAAUCAGAUUGCACACAUUGAACAGAGAGGUAGGAGCUAAAUCAAGAACAGAAAAUUUCUUUGUUAAUCAACAUGACUCAAAAUAGAAAAAGAGCUGUUGUUGAAGGGGACAGAAAAGAUAGAAUCAGUAGUUUACCAAGAAAUGUUAUGGAUAAUAUCCUUGAGCUCUUACCGGUUCAAGACGGGGCAAGAACUAGUAUUUUGUCCCAAAAGUGGAGAUAUAUUUGGGCCAAGCUUCCAAAUUUGGUUCUGUCCCACGACUUCUGUAGCAAGUUAAUAGAAGAGUCUGAAUCCAACUUCAAAGAAGCAGUAGAUAGUAUUCUGUUACUGCAUAUGGGGGAUAUAACGGGGUUUCUUCUUGACACUAGUGGAGUAAGUUUGUCUUCAUAUGCAGCUAUCGAUAGAUGGAUGCUUUAUGUAACCAGAAAGGGUGUCGAGAAGCUAACUCUUCGCAUUCCAGUUGAUAAUCCCUAUAGACUGCCUUCUUCUAUCUUUAAUUGUUCAACCUUGACACAUUUGACCCUCUCCAACUGUGUCUUCAAACCACCAAUGUCUUUUUUUGGCUUUCAGAAUCUUAACACCCUAAGUCUGUCAUUUUCAAUCUUUGUGCCAACCAGAUCGUUUUGUGUUAUCAAGGCCCCCCUUCUUGCCUGUUUGACCUUGAAUUCGUGUUGUGGUACUCAAUACCUUAACAUUAUUUCACCACCAAAGCUCGAGUUCUUGUACAUUCAUAACAGUCACUACUAUCCCUUGCAAAAUUGUUUCAUGAAUUGCAAGAAUUUGAGAGAGUUUGUACUUGUAUUUAACGGAGAGGUCAAUGCUCGAAAACAUAAUGAAAAAUCAACUUUGGAGAAGCUUCUUGUUAGCUCGCGUGCACUUGAGGUACUCCGUUUAGAUUCAUUCUUUGUUGAGCUGUUAAGUGCACACAUUGUUCCGAAUGGGCGUCCUUUUACGCUCAACUGCUUGUGGCAUCUAUCAUUAGGUGUAGACUUCGUCAAAACGGGUCAGAUCUCUUAUGCUCUGCACUUGAUUAAGAGUUGCCCCAAUUUGAGUAAACUCGAUAUUUGGGUUCAUGCUACCAGCGACAAUGCUAAAGCAAUCUUGAUGUAUCUUGACACACCAUCCUGCUUGGAACGAGCACUCGACAAGCUAGAGCAUGUUGUCAUCAAGUCUUUUAGGAGUUCAAAAGCUGAACUGCUUUUUGUAAAGCUAUUGCUUUCUUGCACUCCAUCUCUGUUAAAGAUGUGCAUUGUUCAGCUUAUAGACAUAGACGUUGAUAUUGCCUUAGAAUUGAUGCGUUUCCCCAGAGCUUCUCCCAGGGCAGAGCUAUUCUAUUCUCAACAUAAGGAUGAUCUGUGAUUUGAGGUUUGGAAGGCAGACUGAUGUUUAUCUGUUAUCAAUUAGUUUUGUUAAACAAGGGAUGAAUUGGCAAAUUUUGUAAAAAAAUGUGCGGUACCUUUUAUGAAUAUGUUCUUCACUAGAUGUUUUGGAAGCUCAGUAUGGGUCGAUGUGUUUGAUAUGAUUAGAAGUCUUUUGCUAUAUUUCUUUGUAUUGUACUUCUGAUGCAAGUUGCACUGGCUUUUGAAAAAUAGGAUGUUUGAUGGUUUAGCAGAAA